AUGAUACCUUGCUCUGAUGAUGUUCGUCAUUUGACGGAGGAAAGCUUGGCACAUUUUCACCAAAAUCGAAGGAGAUUACCUCGGAAACAGCGUCAGCAUGAAUCUUCCACUAGAGCCAAUCGACAGCUGAUCCAGAGGAAUCCGCCGUCGUAUUCUGGUGGAAUUGACCUUCGAAUCUCUCCACCCAACACUUUCGCUCGAAAUGGAACUUCUGCCGAACGCACUUCAGAUUCGGUAUCUUUAUUCGAUCACCCGAUUCCCGAGGACUUGACUGAUCAAGGAAUGACACUGAUGUUCGGAAAUUACAUCAACCUCUGGGCAGACAAAAGUUUCAACUACUUAGCCUUCUCAGACGGUCGGGUCGGUUUGAACGUCGAGCACUCGUGGAGUGACGCUCCGGUCAUUGCGCAUCUCUCGGAGAUCAUAGUCAAUGAGAAGUAA